GUCCACCCAUCUGUGGGGGUGGCUUUGCGAAAGUUUGCAGAAGAAAUGUAGAAGCUGUCACUGACUGUGGGAAGGAGACUGAUGGAGGACAGAGGCAGCACAGACGCUAAAAUCGACACACGAAGAAGUCAAAAAGCAGAGUUAAAAUGCAACGAAAACGCCCCGUGGAAACUGACCAUGUUCAGGCCUAACUGAGAAGUUUGCUGGGAGUUGUCACAGUUUGAGUACAUGGCCGCAACAAAAGCCAAAUGUUCCUCCUGCCCAGAUGGAAAUGAUUUGAAUUGACAAUCGCCGCUGUGUUAGAAAGUCAUUAAAUGCUUCUCAAAUCCAGGCCACCGUCCUGACAAGAUGACCCGUUUGGACUGCGGGCUUCACGCCUCCGGACAAGGACUCUCCUUCAUUCCCUUCUUCAUCGCACUUCUGCUGGGAAACUGCAAAGCGUUGGGAUUAUCACAUGAACCAGAGAGAUAUCUGCAGGAUGCUCCUCAGUACGAAGUCGUUCACCCCACUCGAGUGGAUGCAAGAGGCCACUUCCUGUCCAACUUCCUGUCUCACCAUGUUCGCCGCGUUCAGCGCCGGGAAGCCCCCGAGGGACCGGCGGACUUGGAUCGAGUCUUCUACCAGCUGCGGCAUGGCGGCAGCAGUUUACACUUUAACCUCACCCUCAACCCAAACCUGCUGGCUCCUGGCUUCCUGACGGAGAGGAGGUACGGUGGCCUGGAGGGCGCAAAGAUCAGUCCUCCUGGAUCCUCGCAGUGCCAUUACUUAGGUGAAGUGUCGGAUGAGGGAUCUGUUAGAGGGAGGGCUGCAAUAAGCACCUGUGAUGGACUGACAGGAUUGUUCAAGUUGUCCGAUGACGAGUUUUUUAUUCAGCCUCUGGAGAAGACGAACACGAAGACCUCAGCACCUCAGGCUCACGCCAUCUACAAACGCCACGCGUCCCCUCCCUCCUUGAGUCCAGGCCCACCACCCAGCUCAGGGAAACAAGCUGUUAAUGGUACCUGUGGAGUCCAAACUUAUUCCCAUCAAAGUGUUGAAGACAUUGAGAGAGAGCGGGAGCGAUGGGAGCAUCGUCAGCAGAGGAGAAGAAAGAGAAUUCGUCAACGGUCUGUCAGCAAAGAGAAGUGGGUGGAAACUCUGGUGGUGGCUGACCCGAAAAUGGUGGAGCAUCAUGGGAGCAAAGCUGUGGAGAGUUACAUCCUCGCUGUCAUGAACAUUGUGGCGAGUUUGUUCAGUGAUGCCAGUAUUGGAAACGCAAUCAACAUUGUGGUUGUUCGACUCAUCCUGCUGGAGAAGGACGAGGAUGACUUAAAGAUCACACACCACGCUGACAACAGCUUGAACAGCUUCUGUAAGUGGCAGAAGAAACUCAACAUGAAAGGAGACGAACACUCGCUGCACCAUGACGUGGCUGUUCUCCUCACAAGGAAGGACAUCUGUGCAUCCAUCAACAUUCCCUGUGAGACUCUGGGUCUGUCACAUAUAGCGGGCAUGUGUCAGUCACAUCGCAGCUGCAGCAUUAGUGAGGACACCGGCCUCCCUUUGGCCUUCACUGUAGCCCAUGAGCUAGGACACAACUUUGGGAUUCAGCAUGAUGGCAACGGUAAUGACUGUGAACCCAUUGGGAAACGCCCUUUCGUCAUGUCUCCACAGCUCCUGUACGGCACCUCACUGCCCAGGUGGUCACGCUGCAGCCGCCAGUACAUCACCCGCUUUCUGGAUCGCGGCUGGGGCUGGUGCCUUGAUGAUGCCCCAGUGAAGGAUAAGCUGUCUCUGAACUCAGUGCUUCCUGGGGUUCUGUACAGCGCCGCUCAUCAGUGCCGGCUGCAGUAUGGAUCUGGGUCAGUGCUCUGCGAUGACAUGGACAACGUGUGUGGCACACUCUGGUGCACUGUGGGAACGACCUGCCACUCAAAGCUGGAUGGAGCUGUAGACGGGACCAGCUGUGGAGAGGACAAGUGGUGUAUCAGAGGGGAGUGUGUAGCAGUUGGAUAUGAACCAGAAAGUGUGAAUGGAGGCUGGGCAUCGUGGAGCGAGUGGUCGGCAUGCUCCAGGACGUGUGGAGCCGGAGUCCAGAGUGCCCAUAGAGACUGUGAUAACCCAGUACCUGCACACAGAGGGAAAUACUGCCUGGGAGAGCGACGGCGGUACAAGACCUGUAACACCCCGCCAUGUCCUCCUGAUCUGACGAGUUUCAGAAGCAUCCAGUGCUCUCAUUUCAACAGCAUACCCUACAAGGGAAGAUUUCACAAGUGGGAAGCAGUCAUUAAUAGAAUGAACCCCUGUGAGCUGAACUGCCGUCCUCUCAAUGAAGACUUUUCUGAAAAGUUGCGGGACGCUGUCAUAGACGGGACGCCGUGCUACGAGGGCAACAAAAGUAGAGAUAUGUGCAUCAAUGGCAUCUGUAAGAAUGUCGGCUGUGACUAUGUGAUCGAGUCCAGUGCUGUGGAGGAUCGCUGUGGGGUUUGUCAUGGCAACGGCUCCACAUGUACCACUGUGAGGAGGACGUUUGAGGAGAGUGAAGGACUUGGCUAUGUAGACAUCGGGCUGAUCCCAGAGGGAGCCAGGGACAUCCGCAUCGAGGAGGUGGCUGAAGCCGGGAAUUUCUUGGCACUAAGAAGUGACAUCCCAAACAAAUACUUCCUGAACGGUGGCUGGACAAUCCAGUGGAACGGAGAUUACAAAGCAGCUGGGACGGUCUUCACUUACGAGAGGACGGGACAGCUGGAGAACCUGACGUCACCUGGGCCGACCAUGGAGCCGCUGUGGAUUCAGCUUCUCUUUCAAGAGACAAAUCCAGGAGUGCGUUACGAGUUCACCAUCAAUCGAAAUGUCUCAGAGGACAAUGAAAUCCCUUCAUCCGUUUUCUUCUGGAAAUAUGGUUCAUGGACUGAAUGCAGCGUCACCUGUGGAACAGGUGUUCAGAGGCAGAUUGUUCACUGUGUGGAGAAGACUACGGGGAUCGUGGAGGAGCACUUCUGUGACCCUUUAACCCGACCUCACAACAACCAAACCAGCUGUAACAAAGAUCCUUGUCCAGCCAUCUGGUGGUCCGGGGAGUGGCAGAAGUGUUCAGCAAGCUGUGGCAGUUUAGGUCUGACUAAAAGAACUGUGCUGUGCAUUCAGUCAGUGAGUGCUGAGGAGCAGGAAGCUCUGCAGCCCUCUGAAUGUGAACACAUGCUCAAACCGGCAGCCCUGUCCUCCUGCAACACACACAUCCCCUGUCCCGCAGACUGGACCACAGGCAGCUGGUCGAAGUGUUCCCUAACUUGUGGAAGUGGGGUGCGUCGCCGUAAUGUGACCUGCUCCAGAAACACGGGCGUUGACUGUGACCCCCAGAGGAAGCCCCUUGCUGUCACUACCUGCGACAUCCAGGACUGUCCACAUGCACCAGACAAUUUUGAAGGUGUCGACUGGUCUGGAAGCGGCUGGUCGAGCGAAGAAGUGCUCAAUGAAAUCAACUCCAUACCUGAAGUCAAACCUCCUCCAAAAUACAGCACCACCAGAGCCCAGCCCAGAACGCACAACGACCUUAAUAACGAUAUCGAGGGAGAUUUUCACUACCACAAUAAUAUUGAAAAUAUUGAUCCGGCUGCAGAGAAGAGUGUCCAAGUUGAUGAUUUUUACUAUGAUUAUAACUUUAUCAACUUCCACGAGGACUUGGCCGAUGACUUUGAAAGCGAUGGAAAGGAUUCAGAGGACAGUGAAAGAAGUGAUGCCCCACACAAGGCCAAACCAACACACAGUGUGAAAGACGACGCUCACAUGGAAACCACACAUGCUCCCACAGCCUCUUCAGACUUUUCCACAAUUACAAAACCCAACUUUUUGAAGACUGAAGAGCCACAGAACACAAAACCAGACGGUAUAAAGGCUUAUGAAAAUGCAACAACAAAAGAGUCUGUACACACGAGUUCUGAAAACUGGGAUGACUUUCUCUCUGAAGAAUUUCUUCUGCCUGUGUCUACCACUCACUCUCCACCUCCAUCUCCCACACAGCAUUCACCAACACAAAAACAGGGACAUGACAUUCUGUUGUGGCCUGAAAACACGAGCACAAUGCCCAUUCCGGUUUUCCCUCCAAAUGAGCCCACACAGGAUGUGAAAUGGGGGCAGUACGGUGAGGAGGCUGAAAUUAACUAUGACAAUUUCUCUGAGGAGGAAGACUCCAUGAAGGAGGUCACUGUGAAUUCAAAACACGCUCCUCCAACUCCAGGCCAUCAAACCACUAUUGAUAUUGUUGUCCCGACAACAUGGGGUGUACCUGAUAAUUAUGAGUACAAUGAAAAAAGCACAUUAGGUCUGCCUAUUUCUGCAGGCAGACCUAAGAAAGAAGAUGUAGAGAGUGCAGAAAGUUUAGGCUCACCAAUGCCGGAAACUAGAUUGCAGGUUGAAACUCAAGCUCAACGGGAGGAAAAUGCUUCCAAAAUACCUCAAACAACCAGGCAGCCAUCGAUAUUUCAAACUUUCUCUGCUUUGGAGGACUUGGGCUUGUCAACUAAUCUUAAAACAGAUUAUACCACUAGUCAAUAUUCAUGGGAUACUGAUGUUGAUCUCGGUACAACAUCACUUUCUGCCUCUGAAGAAUCCACUCCUGUCUACAUUCCCGGCUCUCUGCUAACCUCAGGUAACCAAGAGGCCUCGGAUGACUCUACAUCAAUAACUGGAACAGAACUCAUACCUCCUACAAACCUGGAAGAAGGAGCUCAUCCUCCUCCAGCGGAUUUCCUGCCAGCUAUGAAACACAUACCGACAGAACCUGCCUCCGCUGAAAGAACUGGAACAGAAUCCACAUCCCUAGCACGGCCCGUUGACUCUGCUGAUUUUGACUUCAAUGAAAUAGUUAUUCCAGCUCUAGUGAUGAGCAGCAGCAGUGAUCCUGACCCUUCGUACCAGCCUACAACAUACACAGCAGCUGAUAACCAACAGAGUGUAACACACGUAAAACCUCACAUGGAAUUGCUAUCACCGGCUGAUCCCGUUUUGCCAACAAAUCCACCGGCUCUGUGGACUCUUCCAGCGCUCACAUCGGUCCAAACUUCAGCCUCCACACAAGUCACUAUCCCUGCUUACUGGGUCACCGGCAACUGGAGUGCUUGCUCCACCACUUGUGGUCUGGGUGCCAUCUGGAGGACUUUGGCCUGCAGUACUGGAUCAGACUCUGACUGUGACCCGGCAAAGAGGCCAGCACCAGCCCAGAGAUGUUACCUCCGCCCCUGCUCCAUGUGGAAAGUGGAGGAAUGGACUAAGUGCUCCAAGAACUGUGAAGGCGGCUUUAAAUCCCGAGAGGUUCAGUGCUUCGACAUGCGGGAUCAAAGACCUCUACGACCCUUCCACUGCAGGGCCAUGUCCUCCAGGCCACAGAGCCACAUGCACUGCAACACCCAGCUAUGCCUCGACUGGUACGCCUCCUCCUGGGGUGAGUGCUCUGAGGUCUGUGGAGGAGGAGAGCAGCAGAGAAUCGUUGCCUGUCCAGAGGAGGAUCGAUGCGACACCGAGCUUCAGCCCAGCAAUUUCCAGUCAUGUAACACCCAGCCCUGUGCUCAGUGGCUGACUGGAUCAUGGGGACAGUGUUCGGCCUCCUGCGGCGGUGGAGUUCAACGUCGACUCAUCAAAUGUGUCAACACGAAGGGUGAGACAAACGAGGAAGUGGAUCAAGCUGAAUGUGACCACGAGCCGCAGCCCGAGACCACCCGCAAGUGCAACUCACAGGAGUGUGUGAGCGCCCCCUCAGGAGCAGUGUGUCUUCGUGAUCGGCUAACGUCUCGGUUCUGUCAGACUCUCCGCUGGCUCGGCCGUUGUCACUUGCCCAAUGUAAGAGCACAGUGCUGCAAAUCCUGCAGCCAGCGUUCCCGCUCCGUCAGUGCGUCUCGCCGCUGAGGUGCAACAAAGUGACCGUUCACAGGUCUCACCAACAGAAACACGGGUUCCAAAUGAGCAAUGCGAGGCUGUUUUCCUCACCACUACAGUUUAAUAAAAAGGGAUUAUACCCACUACAAAACUUUGCAUGUUUGUCCUGGUGAAACUGUAAUAUAAGGCUGACAUGAGUUGUAAAUGUUAAAAAAGCAUAACCUCUUUCAAAACCAUGAAGAUGUUUAUAAUUUUGCUCUUUUUAUCUUAUACAGUUUGACCAGGAGGACUUUUAUAUUUCAAGAUGUCCUUGUAAUAGAAACAAUGCUACGUUCGGGGUCCCUUGUCAAUGUAUAGCUUAAUAAGGUAUUAUUACACGUGUAGAUAAACCACUUAUAAACCUCAUGGUUGGUACAAUGCUUUCAUUUUUAUGUCAGCAGCAGAAUAAGACAUUUUAAAAAUACAGGAAAAACAAUCUGAUUGCGGUUUUACAGAUGAUGUGGUACAAGUCAAAUGUGACAUUUAUGAGUAUUUGACUCUUUGCUAAGCCCGUCUUAGCCACUUUAGCUAAGCCUGUCCCUUUUUGAUCUGGACACAGUUUAGUUUACACUGUGUUUUAAGAUCAAUACUUAUUCAUAUUUUUUUAAAUAGUGGCUGUUUUUAAACAAAAUUAGUUCAGAGCAGCAGGCUGCAAUUACCUUUAUCCAAUGUAGCUAACUAGCUAAGCUAGCAUUAGCUCCAUGAGCUGAUACAAGUAUCCCAGGUUCGCCUUUAAUAUUUCUGGCUUUUGCCUGUGAAGGAGGUCUUUAAAAAGUACUUGGCUAAAUAUUGUGCGUAUUAACACUGAGGCUAGAGCUUGCAGCUAAAGCUAAUGCUAACAGGCCAUCCUUUUAUGUUAAUUAUUCUGUUGAUAUGGAAAACAAACGUUGUGAUAUUACAGUGGAAAGCUAGGAAGACCCAGUUUAAAAGACACAAUAAGAAACCUGUGAGAUCUGACUGUGUUUACUUUAAAAAUUAUAGUUUGAAAGUUGAGCUUAAAUAAUAGCUAAACCAAUUUGUUUCGCCAAAUACAAAAAACAUGUAUAUCAUGGGGUUACUAGAUCAUCCGGAAUCGUAAUAGACAAUAGUGUAAUAACUUCAAUGAUGGGCUUACUUCUAUGUGAUGCUGGGUUACUGUAGGUUGCUGCAGUUAGAUAGGCAUGCUAAAGUUACAUUACAGCAGAUUUUGGUUUCAUAAAGGUGGGGAAAAGUAAAACCAUACACACUUCUUACAUGCUGAGAAAUGUUGUUGUAACACAUUAAAUGUGGAGAAAUCCACAGCUAGACCAGCCUGAGUUUCCUGCUAAGGAAAGCCAAGCUGUGAUUGGACUGAAACACCUCAGGGGCCGGGUUAAGCAAGUGGUCUGUUGCAAAGUUUAACGUCUGCAGCUUGUCAAAAGCUUUUGGAAGUAGUUGUCUCAAUAUUGCUCUGUCAUGAUGUGUCACUCUUUGACUUUACUACACAUGUUUUUUUAAGCCACAGAGUAAUGUGUGUAUAUGCUCAACAUGGAGCUGCAGGAAAGUACUUGGUGCUACAAGCCUCACAGGCUCCAAACUUUUCAGGUCAGGGAUUGGCAGGCCCAGUGCCUUAUCUACUUGAAUAUUGGGUAAUUUGAUGUCUUUGUUUUAUUUUAACCACUUUAUUUGGAACGUUGAGUUAAAUUCAACAUAGAAUAUUUUUUGUGAAAUUAUUCAAAAAGAGGGACAUUUUGAAAAAUAUGCAAAAACACAUUAGGCUUUGUAUGGUGUAUUAAGGAAUGAAGUAUUUGUUGUAUUUUAUACUUUCGCAACUGGAGUUUUUAGUUGCUGUAAUCUUGCUUUGUGAUAAACUGAACUCUUACUGA